UGUAAAGGAAAGUGUGAGGGCUUUGACCCCACGCUGGACAUCCUUCAGGAAAUAUUCAGAUCUGUGAAGAACGCUGUAUCCAGAGAGUGAAACAAAACAAGAAUUUUUUGUUUAAAUUUUUAUUACAGUGUUUGGAUACUUCUUUCGUGAGGAUCCGCGCAGGUGUGUUUGUGCUGCAGCCACCAUUCUGCAUUUCCAGCAGGCUGCAGGAGAAAGUUAAAAACCCCUCAGAGGACUGCGUCAGGGCUGCAGCCGGCCGGGUAUCGCUGCCUCACAGCGAUGUGACAUUCCUGAAUGGGAGACUCUUCAGAGUUGUUUGCGCGCAGAGCUGCAUCUUUAAUGUCUGCUGAGCGUCCUUAACUCCUGGCAUCAUCAUCAUGGCACGGCUCCGGAGGAGAGCCUGCGUGGCUCUGUUUCUCUUUACGCUCUUCAUUUUCGGGACCCUCAUGGCCCUCAGGACCCUGAAGCCCAGUGACGGCUUCUCGGAUCUGGCUCCGGGUUUGGAACUUCUCCCGAUCUUGGGGGGCAGGAUGGACCGGCGCUCCGUGACUCGUGCCAGCGCCUCCCCGGAUCAAGCCCACCCGCCUGGCAGCAACACCAAAGCCGUGCUGUCCAACUUCAGCCCGGAAGGGACCAUAUUUUACGACGUUCACAUAUUUUAUUACACUUGGUACGGUAGUCCACACGUGGAUGGCAAGUACAUCCACUGGGACCACAUCCUGGUUCCACACUGGGACCCUAAAAUUGCAUCCAGCUACCCGAGAGGGAAACACAUGCCGCCCGAGGACAUCGGUUCUAGCUACUACCCCGAACUGAACCCGUACAGCUCCAGGGAUCCGGACGUACUUGAGUCGCACAUGGAGCAGAUCGGAGCAUCAGCAGCAGGUGUUCUGGUCCUGGCCUGGUAUCCUCCUGGGCUCGGUGAUGAUAACGGGGAACCCACAGAGGAUAUGGUACCUGCUGUACUGGAUGCUGCUUACAGGCACAACCUCAAGGUUGCGUUUCAUAUUCAGCCGUACAGAGGAAGAAACGACCUGACCGUGCACGACAACAUCAAGUACAUCAUUGACAGGUACGGUGAGCACGGGGCCAUGUUCAGAUUUACUACCAGCACAGGGAAGAGUCUUCCUCUGUUCUACAUCUAUGACUCCUACCUGACUCCACCAGAAGCCUGGUCUGAACUCCUGACUCCCACCGGCUCCCACAGCAUCCGCAGCUCCGCCUACGACUCCAUCUUCAUUGCUCUGAUCGUGGAGGAGCGUCACAAACACGACAUCCUUGCAGGCGGUUUUGACGGCAUGUACUCCUACUUUGCCUCCAACGGCUUCUCCUUCGGCUCCUCUCACCAGAACUGGAAGGCCGUCAAGGCCUUCUGCGACGGGAACAACCUUCUCUUCAUCCCAAGCGUGGGACCCGGGUACAUUGACACGAGCAUUCGGCCGUGGAACAACCACAACACUCGCAACAGGGUGAACGGCCGCUACUACGAGACGGCCCUGCAGGCAGCGCUCAACGUGCGGCCGGAGAUCGUCACCAUAACGUCUUUUAACGAAUGGCACGAAGGGACGCAGAUAGAGAGGGCUGUGCCCAAAAAGACAGUGACCCGCGUGUACUUGGACUAUCAGCCGCACGGACCUGAUCACUACCUGGAGCUGACCCGCCGCUGGGCUGAGCAGUUCAACAAGGAGAAGCAGCAGUGGCUCAUUUAAACAUUUAAACAGCAUGCUCUGGAUGAAACCAAGAGAGAGCAGGACUGCUCUUCAAGAACAUAACAGGAUGUUGAGUCUUUGGGAAAAUCAGUCCUGUCAUCAUUAAAUGGAAACGUCAUAAGUGUUGGCGAGUUGAUGAAAAGAGCUGAUCAGAAAAGUGUUGUUUUUUCUUCCAUGACAACUAUAUCAAACUGAGCUAAAAUAUUAUUUCCUCCUCCCAAAGUGAGGUCAUGGUGAGGGCAGUUAAAAUUCCCCUUCAUAUUUUUUUAAAGACCCACUCUGAUCAGCAAUGGAUCUAUUACAAAAGCUUUCUUAGUGGUUUUUAAAUCAUGUUUAUGACAUUUUUAGCCCAAAUUCCCAAACCUGUGUAGUUGUCUAGGACGUAGUUUCUGCAGAGCGGCAGUAGUUCAUCAGAAUUUUCACCUCUGAGUUGACCUUUAGCCCGAAGCAACCCCACCCCCCCUUCCCCUCAUUGUUUUUUAAUAGGUCUCCAUUUACAUGCUCUAUCACUAAUUUACAGCCCCUCAUACUCCUAACCUAACAUUACCGGGACAAUCAAAAUGGCGGGCAGUGUUGGAGCUGUCCAGCCGUACAGUUUUGAUCGAGAUUCCAGAUCAGAUGAGGAAAACAAAGACGUACCUGGAUCUAUUUGUCUGCAAAUGAAUUGAUCAGAAUGGAGCGGAGCAGGAAGAUUUAGUUUGAUUUCUGAUUAAAAAUUUAAGAAUGAAGACACAAGUUUAAGAUACAAGUCUUUAAACAACAAAAAUUCUCUAUCAUUACCUUUAAAUCAAAUGCUUUACUUAUUCAAAUGUGGUGGACUCUGAUCUGAAAAGAAAAAACUAAAAUAAACUUUUUCUAAAAAGA